CAAACACCCUGCUCGAUCUUACACACGCACCAUGGCGGCAUCAGUAGCCUGCUCCUUCUUCUUCGACGCCGAACCGGCCGGCGAGCACGGCAUGCCCGCGCUGGACGCGUGCGCGCUCUGCGCCAAGCCGCUCGCGCGCGACAGCGACAUCUUCAUGUACAGAGGGACACCCCUUCGCGGCAAGGACUGCCGCCACGAGCAGAUGCAGCUCGACGCCGUCUGCGCCAGGCAGGCCGCCCGGCGGCUGCAGCGGUACUCAUCCGGAGCUGCGGCGCGCCGCGGGCACCAGGAGACCAGGAAGGUGUCCGUCGUGAGCUGACCGGCCACAGCGCCAAGCUGCUCGCGCGCGUGGCCGAGAAAAAAAGUUUUGUUUGUAGUACUGGCUGAGAUCUGAAGAGCCACCGAUUUUGGGAUGAUUUCGCUCCGGCGCUCUUGCCGGAGCCGGAGAAGAAUCCGGUAUGCAUCACGAGCAGCCUGGCGAGGCACGACGCUGCGGCGCCCGAAGCUUCCUACUUCCAGGAUGUAUGUAGCCACGGGGAGUUAAUUAAUCAGCGCUGGCUGAACUAGCA